CGCGCGCCAAAAUUACUGAGAGGGGGCGAAUACAUUAGCCCACAUUAACGAGUGGGAAGAGAGAGUAUAAGCUAGUAUCAGUGUGGUUACAGUACAUGUGUGUGUAUACUAUAUAUAUUAUAAAAAGCCAACAAUUUAGUAUUCUCUGUGGACGUUCUAUUUCGUCGACCCAGCGGUUUUGGUGUUUAUAACUGUAAAUCAGGAUUACCAUUUACAUCUUUCAGAUUUUUACCGCAGUAAAUAAUUUUGAUUGAUCCCCGAGGUUACGACCUUAUUCAUACAAUACUGCUUCACGAUGGUGCCUGUGAGAUAUAUGAUUCUCGUAUCUGGUAUGGUAAUGGCGUAUGUAUCGGCGGACGAUAUGUGUAUUCCUGAAUGCAAGUGUUCCGAUGAUAUAGAUGGAAAUUUUCAUAUUAAUUGUGGCAAACUUAAAAGCGUGGAAAUUCCUAGAGAUCUUUCGAAAUUUGCAGGUUUUGAGAAAUCAAUCCGUUUGUCGCUCAGUGAUAAUGCUUUCAAACGAGUAUCAAAAGGAGAUUUCCCGCCUAAUCUGCCGAUCGUUGCUUUGGAUCUUUCACGUAACCGUGGUUUGACCAUUACUGAUGAUGCUUUUGCGAACAUCAAAAAUCUCCGUUCUUUAAAUUUGGAUGACCUCCGUUUACCUUUUACUUCGAAUCUUAAUUUCUUGAAAGGGAUGUCUAAGCUACAAAGCUUAUCUUUGAACAAAAAUUAUCAGUUUGGUGAUGGUCUUAUUCCUGCUUCAAUGAUAUCAGGUCUUGGUUUGAACAACUUAAACGAUUUGCAGUUCCAGGAAUGUUAUAUAAAAGGAAUUGAAGACGGUGCCUUUUCUGGGAUAAAUAUUAACGGGCAUCUUGAUCUAAGUGCCAACCAAUUAGAUCACAUACCAGAUGAAUUGAAAACACUUAAUAAUGUUACUAGUUUAGAUAUAUCUCAGAAUAGUCUCCGAAAACUCCCAAGUAAUAGUUUUUCGGGAAUGGGGGAGUUGCGAAAGCUUUCCAUCAGCAACAACUACAUCAGUGAGAAAGAUAUUCUUGUCGAUUCUUUUAAUGGAUUACAGUUGCAAGAGCUAAGUCUGGAGCAGUCUGUACUGAACACCAUACCCACUCCCGCCCUAAAAGGUCUCUCAAAACUGAAGGUACUCCGAUUAAAGAAUAAUCCCAUCAAGUCUAUUCCAGAAGGGGCUUUCAAUGGAUCCUAUUGCCUGGAGGAAUUGGAUAUAAGCAAUGCAUUGGUCGAAAUUGGCAUGGUACAUUUAGAAGACCAAAUGGAUUGUAUUCAGAAGUUAUAUCUGAAUAACAUGCAAAUCAGAGAAGUUCCAAAGUUUAUCAAAAACUUCAAGAUUUUGGACUUUCUGUCGCUCGACGGAAAUUCAAUCAUUACAAUCAAAAAAGGAGAUUUUGUGGAUACGACCGUUUCCAAAGUGUCAUUAGCGAUGAAUCCAUUGACUGAAAUCCAAGCAGGGGCAUUUGCAGAAUUUCCCCAAUCCGUAACCCUUGUUUUAUCAAAAACUCAAAUUACAAACUUAAAUUUUGUCCGUGAUUAUCCUUAUGGCACCAUUCGAGAAAUCGAACUUAAAGAAAUAACGCCGAUUUGUGAUUGUGAUUUGGCCUUUGCUGAAUACAGAACUUACGUUAUUCAUGGUAAUUGCAAUUUAAAUGGAACCCGAGUAGUAGUCAUCAGUUCCGAGGAUUUUAUGAAAGUAACAUCCGAUUGCUGGCCAGGGGGACGGAGCCCAAUGAAGAAAGAUGUAUGGGCAGUAAAAGGUAACAACAGUGCAAAUUCCGUAGAGUCUUCAAACAUAGGGAAGUUGGUCCUGAUUAGUUUAGCUUUAAUCCUGGGAGGACGUUUUAAAAACUUAGUGUAAAAUCAUCGAACUACAUCAUGUUACUCAUAUCACGAGUUGAAUAUCACAUAAAAGAUAGACACACAAAUCUGCUGGAAGUGUCUUCUAAUAAUAGUGCCAGAAGAAGAGGUAUCAGGCCCGUGUUCAUGAAGCAUUCUCAGAUUUAAGUUAAAAGUUUACUCAAAAUUGUUCGCCUUAUAACUAAAAUAUAGCACUUUAUAAAACUUUUGUUGUUUCAAUGUAUCAAAUAGAUCAAUAAGAACCUAUGUGGGAAGUUUUGUGUUUCAAAGAUAUUUCUCAUAAACCGUGAUUGAAAGUUAAGUAAAUUCUUAGCUUAAAGUCUGAGAAUUCGUCGUGAACUCAGGGCCUGGUGUUUAUUUGUUGAUAUUAGCAGGCACUGUGCAUUUAUUACUUUAAAUCGAACAUUUUUAAGGCUAGAUCUUUUAGGCCUGGCCCAGUGGAUCUACACUCCUCGACCAUUUCAUUUGGUUUGCAUUCGGGGUACUAACCAUAACCGUAUGUUAUCUUCAUAAUGUAGGCCUGUAGUAAAGUUAUCCAAUUUUGCGGAUACGCCCUCGGUUUGAAUUGUUGUGUAGACAAGUGGACAAAUAUGCCCAGGUAUGGUAUUGCUAUAUUCAAUAACGAAGAUUAACAACUGCCUUAGUUAGUCCCAGCCAUUUUUCUUUUUACCUUUUUUUUUUUGAAGUAGGGGUAUCUGAAAAUUAUGGUAAAUGGAAAUGUGUAAUAUUUGCUCUGCUAAGACGUAAAUUGCGUCUUUAUGGCAAUUAUAUGGUGCGGUUAAAUUUGUGACGUUUAUUUUAUAAAUGGUUUCAUGUUAUUUUUCUUCCUAAUCGCUUUAGUGCUAAUUAUAUUUUAUAUUUUAUCAUGUUCAAAUUAAAUCACCAGUGGGCCUAUGUAGUCAUUCUUUAAAGUACGUCUAUGUGGUGGCAAUCUUAAAUACUCUUCUUGUGGGGAUUUCUCAGAAAUGACUUUUUAUAUUAAAACCUAACGGGAGUGCUUCAUGUGCGGAUUUUACACUAGGCUGUAAUCACCGAUAAUUAUUGUAAUUAUUGACGUGGUGCUAAAUUGACACUAUGUCCAUAGAGUGUGUCCAAAAUUAACAUUAUUGACUAUAGUUGGCAAGUACUAGAGCUGAAUUAUGUUGUUACUUUGCUAACAUCAUGUUUUAAAUUGUUCUGAUCUGUCUUUAGCCAUAUUUGAGCAAUCAACCUUAACAUUUAAUACAGUUAAUUGAAGGAAUUAUUGACAUUUGUUCAUUCAUUCAUUCAUUCAUACAUAGGCUCAAUACAAACAUGUUGCUUUUAGAGAGGCUAUUUAUACACAUAAUGGUUCCUGUUUAUGCUCAACGUAACCUUAAGUUGAUAACAACUGAUUUUUUAAAUAUUACAUUUUAAUCGCGACAUGACCUAAUAUUAUGUGUGGAGUAGACGUUACUCAUUCUUUGAGUAAUGAUAUUCCUUGGCACGGCUUUCUAGUUUAGAUAAUUUUGGAGGGUAAAUAAUUUUAAAGAAGCACCCACGCAAAAUCUGUUGUCUACAAACAUUAUGUAUAUGUGUAAAUAUUAUAUAUAAAUAUAUCAAUCUGUUACGUUUAACCUUUCAGCUGUGCAUUUAAGAAUGACAGUGAUUACAUUUACUUUACAUAUUCUCAGGAAUUUUAUACUUAUUAUCGUUUUAGGGUAAAAGAAGGGCAUUUCAGAGCAACGUUAUUAAGGUUAUAUGGCAACUCCGUCGGGUUCCGAGCAAAUGUCAUAAUGGAAUUAAAGGUUCUCGGCACCUUGUGUUUGAUCCUUUUAUUUAUUAUGAGAUUUGUUUAGUAAAUGCCCCAGAGUCGGGGAAGGGCAGCUAUUUGGCUUAUUAUCUGAAAUUCAAUUUGGUAGAAGUCGGUAAUGAUCUGUUGCAUGAACAAGCAUAAUAAGUUACUGUUGUGAUUUCAUUCUAACAUCAACAUCUCGUUUAUGGAUUCCAAAUCGAUGGCGAGUAAAUAACUUAAUUUCAUUCAUGGCCUCAUCAUAUCUCAUGUGUUCUUGCUAGAAGAACAUGCUUUAUUUACUGGCCUUCUCUUGAAAUAUGGCCUUUAAUACUUUCAGCGUUCACAUUUUAUACAAUAGUUUUAUCUCGAAGUUUGCUAUUUUUAUGGAAAUAUUAUCACCAUUUAAAAUAUUUAAAUAUAUUAAUAUAUUUAAAUCACAAAAUGUUUUAUUACAUUUGUUGCCUGAUAGAUAGUUUACCUGUUUACAUUAUAAUUAAGGAUUGUGCACUUUAAUUAUGAAUAUUUAAAUUAGGUUUGGGGUUGGGUUUUUUACCUCGCGCAAUUAUGAGUUUAAAAUCGAUUUUUCCCUUGGCAUGGUGUUAAUAGUAAUGUAGUGAAACGGAUUGAAGUAUUAAGGAUUGUUUAUAUAUGUACAGAGUAUAUAAUAGAACGUUUGUUAAAAAAAAGAAGGUGAUGUUGAAAGAUAUACCGUAACUUUAAUAUAGAUUGUAACUUGUACCUAUAUAUUUUAUACCUUAGAUGUAAAUAAAUGUUACUGCCCUC